AUGUCCGUCUUGAUACAGCGCCCCCUUGCGCUCCGCCCUGCCGCCUGUCGCGGUUUCAGCACCACUGUCCAACGUUGCACAUCACUCCAGAUCGAAAAGAACGACCCGGAAGCUCUCGCGGACAUUGUCCCUCCAUACCCCUAUGGCCCGGCACAAUGGUACAAACAGUCCAAUCGCGGUCUCUACGGUGGUCAGAGGAUACAGUUCGGCAACAACGUUGGUCCAAAAUUUGAGACCAAGACUCGACGUACAUGGCAUCCGAACGUCUUCCGCAAACGCCUGUACUCACGCGCUCUGGAUCGAUACGUCCAGAUCAAGGUGACUACAAGAGUGAUGCGGACGAUCGACAAGCUGGGCGGUCUGGAUGAGUACCUGCUUGGGGAGAAAGAAGCAAGGAUUAAAGAGCUAGGUGUCAGCGGGUGGUGGUUGCGCUGGGCCAUCAUGCAGACUCGAGAUGUUCGGGAGCGGUUCUUGCAGGAGAGGCAGCUGCUCGGACUGCCAAAAGAAGGAAUCGAAGCGAUGAUCGAGGAGCCAGAAGCCACUGUCGAAGGAGAAGCACAAGUCGCAGCUAAAGGGCAGGACUCCAUCGGCGAGAGGGUGGAUGUAGCAGCAUCCCAACAAAAACGCCUAAAGUUCCGUGUUGGGCCACGAUCCCAUCUCUACUACACACCCACUGGCUGGCAAAGAGCGAGGCCAAACGAGGAGCUGGCCUUCAAAAGGCACGUCCGCCUAAGAAGUCAUCAGUACAAGACUUUCUAUCAGGACCAGACUGUGUUGGCCUUUGCGACCUUUGACGAGAUUACAAAAGGCCAGGUACUCUCACAGCAGGAGAAGGCUUCAUUACGGCAGAAGUUGCAGAAUGAGGUUCUGAAGAAGGCGGAGAAGAUUGUAGAGUCGCUUUGGCAGGCGCGCUGUUUAAAAUUCGCGGCCAAGCAAAGGCGUCGAAUGAAUCGUUUGCGGGCGAAGUCCAAGGCCAAGGCACGUGGAGGGACGAGAGCAGAGCUGAGGGCCAUGCGGAGGAGCCAGAGGAAGCAGGGAGAGGCGGAGGGCUUGGUGAAAGAGGCGAUUGGGGCGUAA